UCUGGCGCGCGACUGAGGAAAGCUGAAAAUUGAGGCUGAGCUCCAUCCAUCCAGGAAACAAGCAUGGCGUCAAAGUGUCCAAAAUGCGAAAAGACAGUCUAUUUUGCUGAAAAGGUGACAUCUCUGGGGAAGGACUGGCACAAGUUUUGCCUGAAGUGUGAACGCUGCAACAAAACCCUGACAGCAGGAGGCCAUGCUGAGCAUGAUGGGAAGCCCUUUUGUCACAAGCCCUGCUAUGCUGCCCUCUUUGGGCCAAAAGGUGUCAACAUUGGGGGUGCAGGUUCUUAUGUGUAUGAGGCACCCAUCAACAAAGACCCAGCCCCAGCUACUGUGGACUCUGCAGCAAACCCCAAUGAGAAGUGGGUCCCAGCACCCAGCAGACCUCCUUCUAAAGCUGGAAGCGUCACCACCUUUUCUGGGGAGGCAAACAUGUGCCCCAGGUGUAACAAGAGGGUCUACUUUGCUGAGAAGGUAACAUCUCUGGGGAAGGACUGGCAUCGGCCAUGUCUGCGCUGUGAGAGGUGCAGCAAGACCUUGGCUGCAGGGGGUCAUGCAGAGCAUGAUGGCCAACCCUACUGCCAUAAACCAUGCUAUGCUGUCCUGUUUGGGCCAAAAGGAGUGAACACAGGUGGUGUUGGCAGCUACAUUUAUGACAAGGAGGUCAACACAGAGGCCCAGCCAUGAGCUUGCAUCUUCAAAACAUCCCUGCAUUAGUCACACAUCACCAUGACCACAAACCCAGCCUCUAUAUUGGCUCAAAAAGGCUCUUGCGCACCUUCCCCAUUGCAUUCCUGAGCCUCCAGCCACACCGACUGAGCAGUGCCAACACGGACCUGUAUGGAUACCUGGUGCCACAUCACACCUGACCUUUGACCCUUCACUGAAUGUCUGAUUUUAUCGUUGUUACACAUGGAUGUGGUUAGUCUGAGCUUGUUUUGGAUACGUUAUGGAAUAUGGUAAUCCAAGUUUUAUAAGUAGAUCUUAAUAGUGGAUUGGAUAACAUGUACCACACUCUUCCACAAUAGGGUGCUAGUCAUGAAGUACUGUAGAAAAAUUUCUCUAUGGUAGUUUUCCAGCUGAAUGUAAUGAAAUGGUAAGUUGAGGGUUUUUUAAUGUAUAAAGGAUUUAGGGUUUUUAGUACCAUGCUGACAGGCAGAUUGGGCUCUUUGCCCAGGCACAGUACUUAAAUCAAGUUUGCCAUAAACCUAUAAAAUAUUCAAUCCAAAUCUGCGCUAGUUGCACCUCAGUAUUUCUAACUCUACAAAGAUGUGUAUGAAAUAUGAACAGAAAUGGUCCCUUUUUUUUUUUUUUGAGAAACCAAACCUGUCUCCAGGUGGUUGAGGUAGAAGGGUGUUGUGUGGCUUUGUGAUGGGUCCCUAAUGAUCAAGUAGCUGACACUAGCACUUAGUAGCUGACUUGUUUCUGUCCAAGUUUAAUGUAUUGUUAAUGUGGUCUGACUUGUUUAAUUGCUUGCAUGAAAACUCAUUGCCAGUCAGAAUUGGCUGAUGGGGAAACUUUUGUUAAACUUUAAUGACGAUGCAUUCUUGUGGAAUGUGCUUUAGUACUUUCAGAGACUGUUACUGAUUUGUAUGGCUUAUUUUAGUAGGUUCACAAAACAAUGCUUCCACUUUAGUUGCUUUAAUAAACUUGUAUACAACCUU